AUGCCAGAGCCAGACCGUUCUCGUCGCGGCCAAGGCUCGUCCAAGUCGCAACAGCAUUUCGAGAUUGCUGGCGUUGAAUAUCAAGCUCCCUUCCAGCUUCCAGCCAAGAAGGUCAAUCUCGAUGAGGAUCACCCGGCAAACGAAACAGACGCCACCGAAUCCGCCUCUUCUCCUUACUUUGACGACCAGGAAGCCCGAGAAGCCAUCGAAUGGGCUCGAUCUCAGCAGGAAGCUGAGCUAGACACUACCACCAGUGGUACCGCAGCUGGUGGCGCAGUUGAUAUCCGUCGUAGACGGCGUCGAGACAGUCAGGUAGCCAGCUAUGACGAAAAUGCUAGCAUCUUCGACGGCCCCGGUGCUGGCGCUGUUCCUAGCUCGGUCAGCAGUAUGCGUCACGAGAUGGCCAGACCAGAGCUAGGACGUCGAGCCUCGAAAAGCUCUCGCCGUCGCAUUUCGAUGGAAGGUCGAUCCCCGCCUCCUACUCGCAAGAUGUCGUCUGCAUCAGCUCACAGCGAAGCGAUCACCACAUCUAGCCAACGUAGUGUCUCACCUGACUCCGUUGCCGGACGGUGCAAGCCCGCAAGCCAACGAAGCGGAAGCGCUUACCGUUUCGGUCGCAGGAAGCGCCUCCCUGAAGAUGCUGAGCUCACCGGCUCCAGCCAACCCAAGGGCAUGCUCGGCUCCAUCCUUGCAUCCAUCCGACGCGAUCGCGGCGACAAUGACGACGAUGACGCCCGCAGUCGUCGCUCCUCUUCUCGACCUCUCCUCUCCCGAAGACGCUCAUCUAACUCUGUAGUUUCAUCUCGAGGAGAAAGAUCCGAUGCAGGACGUGAUGACGACAAUGAAGAUGAAGAUUACCAUCGCAGAGGUUGGAGCGAUGAUGACUACGGCUUUGAUGACGAGGACGACGAUGAUGAUGGCUCCUACCACUCUUCCGAUGACGACGAUACCUCCGGCCGCAACGGCAUCCUCCCUUCCGCCUUCGGUACCCUCAGUGGCACAGUCGAUCCCCUCUUUGGAGAUACCCGCUUCUCCACCGACCAUCCGCCCGAGGACGAGCUUGCCGGUCGCGAUCUCGAAGCCGGAGAUGCUUCGGCCUUCGGCCGCUCCGAUGGUGACAUUCACUCCAACGCGCACAUCCACAGUCAGCGUGCCGGGAUCAGUGUCGCUGAAGCCAAAAGGGAGCUCAGCUUCUUGGACAAAACUUCCAAGAGUCGUCAGCAGAUCUAUCUUGCAGAAGAAGAUGCCCUCAUCCGCUUCACCGCUUAUCGAAUUCUUGUUGCCAACCAGAUUAUCUACACAAUCAUCUGCUGUCUCACGCUUGGAAUCGUCUACCUCAUCGGGCGGUGGCUGCCCCGCUUCCGCCUUAAGCAUGUAUGCAAGGAGGUCGAAUUCGAGGAUGCAGAGUUCAUCGUCAUCGAAAACCAGUGGGGUGACCUGAACAAGGAGAAGAUCACCACCAUACCUUUUGCUCGCCCACUCGCCACCGUCUUCCCGCACUCUUCUCGCGAACCGCCUGCAACGCAAGCCGACUUCCAGUCCGCUCCGACCAUCAAUCUCCCUCCUGAGCUUGUCAACAAGAGCAAUGCAUCCUCCAAAACUGCCUCCGCAAAAAGCAGCAUUAUCAAUGGUGGCAACCCGGCAACGGGCGAUAUCAACGGCGUCGAUGCGCCCACCAAAGGUGCGCUGCCCAUGCUCUCUGGCGUUCAGACCGAACAGUUGAUGGAGCUCUCCUUUUUCGACUACCGCUACACUCGAUUUGCACUUCACCCACCUACUGGCCGUCUUCGCAUGAUCAAGGACUGGCGCGACCCACUUUGGACUUCGCUCCCUGCCAUCAACAACGGUAUCACUUUCGACGCCGAGAAAGAUCGCACCACCAUCUUCGGUAAGAACGCCAUCGAGAUCAAGGCCAAAUCAACUUGGCAGCUCCUGGUCGACGAGGUUCUUCACCCUUUCUACAUGUUCCAGAUCGUCUCUAUCAUUCUCUGGUCCAUCGACGAUUACUAUUACUACGCUUUCUGCAUUGCCGUCAUCUCGCUCGCUUCCAUCUUCACCACACUCAUUGAGACUCGUCAGACCGUCAACCGCAUGCGCGAGAUGAGCCGCUUCUCCUGCGAAGUGCGCGUUCUCCGCGAAGGCCAAUGGCAGGUGCUCGACUCGAGCGACUUGGUCCCAGGCGACGUCUACGAUGUUGCUGAGCCUGGUCUGCUCCUCUUCCCAGCCGAUAGUGUGCUACUCAGCGGUGAUGCCAUUGUCAAUGAGAGUAUGCUUACAGGUGAAAGUGUCCCUGUCAGUAAGGUGCCCCUAACCACGCCCAGCAUGGUCGGCCUUCACGCAGCUGGCACCGAUGUAAUCCCCGAUCUCGCAAAACACUUCCUCUUCUCUGGCACUCGUAUCAUCCGCAUCCGCGGCAACGGAUCAGGUGAUAAGAGUGAGGCAGGUGCCAAAGCCAUGGUGGUGCGUACUGGCUUUAACACCACUAAAGGUGCUCUUGUUCGUAGCAUGCUCUUCCCGAAACCUAUGGGCUUCAAGUUCUACCGCGACUCGUUCCGUUUCAUCGGCUUCCUGGCCAUCACUGCCGGUAUCGGCUUCACCUUUGCCGCCGUCAAUUUCGUCAAGAUUGGCAUUGCAUGGCACACGAUCGUCAUUCGAGCCCUUGACUUGGUCACCGUCGUCGUUCCACCGGCGCUACCCGCAACCAUGUCGAUCGGCAUCUCCUUCGCUAUCAAUCGUCUCCGCAAACUUGGCAUCUUCUGUAUUUCGCCCAAUCGCGUCAUCAUCGGAGGCAAGGUUGACGUCUUCUGCUUCGACAAGACGGGCACCCUCACGGCUGACGGUCUUGAUGUGCUCGGCACACGAACAAUCAACCUCAAAGCCGGCAGGUUCAGCGAACUCCAUGAGACCGUGGAUGAGAUGCCUGUUGGAGCGGGAACAAAGAGCGACACGGACGCACGCAAGAUGCCUUUGUUGUAUGCUCUGGCUACAUGCCAUUCGCUCAAGGUGGUCGACGGUGAAGUCAUCGGUGACCCUCUGGAUGUCAAGAUGUUCGAGUACACAGGCUGGACAUUGGACGAAGGCAAAGAACACUCGGCAAAGGUGACUACCAAGACCGGCACCGCAAAGAACGGCAAGUCCAAGCUCACAGAACGACCACCUGCGCUGGUCCAAACCGUUGUGCGACCUCCUGGCGGUCAGGCCUUUGAGGUGGAAGAUGCCAUCAAGUCUGGUCGUCAUGCCCACUUCCUCGAGCUCGGUGUGCUGCGAACGUUCGAAUUCGUGUCCUCACUUCGCCGCAUGAGUGUCAUCGUCAAGCGUCUCAAAUCGCAGUCGAUGGAAGUCUUUGUGAAAGGUGCACCCGAGGUCAUGGCUGACAUCUGCGACAAGGACACUUUCCCAGCCGACUACGACGAUCUUCUCUCGUAUUACACCAAGCACGGCUACCGUGUCAUUGCCUGCGCAGGCAAAUCGAUGACGGGCAUGAGCUGGAUCAAAGCACAGCGCAUGCGUCGAGAACAGGCCGAAAGCGGUCUUCGCUUCUUGGGUCUCAUCAUUUUCGAGAACAAGCUCAAGGAAGGCACCGCUCCUGCCAUCGCUGUGCUGAAGCAGGCCAACAUCAUUACCAAGAUGGUCACGGGAGACAACCCUCGUACCGCCAUCAGUGUUGCACGUGAAUGUGGGAUGGUCGGGCAGUCAGCACACGUCUUCAUGCCAACGUUUGUGGAAGGAGGGCAAAAGAACCCAAGGGCAGUUAUCGAUUGGUCGAGCGUUGACGACGAUCGCAUCAAGCUGGACCCCUACAAUCUGCAGCCGAGAGAAGUGGAUCCGCAUGUGCUUGAUCUGGAGGAGUUCGAUUUCCACGACUACCAGCUCGCUUUGACAGGUGACGUGUUUAGGUGGAUGGUCGACUUUGCACCCAUAGAGACGCUCAGGAGAAUGUUGAUCAAAGGCACCAUCUUUGCAAGAAUGUCGCCGGAUGAGAAGCACGAGCUGAUCGAAAGACUGCAAGCCAUGGGCUGCACGACUGGCAUGUGCGGCGACGGAGCCAACGAUUGCGGUGCGUUGAAGGCUGCCGAUAUCGGAAUCUCCUUGUCAGAAGCCGAAGCAUCAGUCGCAGCACCUUUCACAUCGAAUCGCGGAGAUAUCGGCUGUGUCAUUGACACAAUCAAGGAAGGAAGGGCAGCACUGGUCACCUCGUUCGGCUGCUUCAGCUAUAUCUGUCUAACAUCCCUCCUGCAGUUCUGUUCUGUGCUUUUGCUCUAUUCAUUCGGUAGUUCACUCGCUGACGGCCAGUUUAUGCUUGCUGAUUUCAGCGCUCUGUUGUUGAGCGUCUUCUCAGCUCGCACCGGUCCUCCAUAG